AGUAUAGAUGCAGCCUUCCUUCAAAGUAACAUGAUUUUGUUCUUUAGUUAGUACCAUGCUUCACCCAUAAAAGACGAAACAGGAAUUUAACCCUUAAAAGUUAAAGAUAUGCCAAGAAAAGCUAAUGAACAGAUACAAGACCACUUAUGCAUUUAUGAGAUCCUUACUCUGGAACGAAGAACAUAAUGACUAUCCCAUAAAAGAAUGUUUUGUGGACGUUAUAUUCCAAAAGACAGAUAUGAUGGGACUAAAAACCGGAGAAAUUACACAAAUAGAAGAGAUUUUUGCCAAUAGACCUAAGAAACACCGAACAGUAUUGAUUACAGGCGAUCCGGGAUACGGGAAAACGACCAUUUGUAAAAAAAUCGCAUACGAUUGGGGGAGCGAUGAAGAUCGUCGAAGUUACUUAAGAUAUUUCGAUGCCUUAGUUGUAAUUGAAUUACGUGAAUUAGGAGAAAAAAAUCUUAUUGAUGCCGUACUAGAAUGCAUCGAUAAGAAUGAGGACGACAAUUUUCAGACCAAACUAAGAGAAGCCAAAUGGAAUUUUUUGGUUAUUUUAGAUGGAUUUGACGAAUUUCGCCAUAACAAAUGUGUUAAAGAAUUCAUAACAAACGACUCUUUCGGACUUUCUGAGAAAAUGACAAUUGUUGUUACUAGCCGUCCAUACGUUACUGAUGAAAUAAGAAAAGAAUUUGAAUAUGGAUAUUGCAUCGAAGGAUUCUCUCCCGAGCAGAAAGAAAAAUACAUUGAUUUCAUCGUUAGAAAAAACAAAGAUAAAAGAGAGUAUCUAGUUAGUCUGAUACGUAAUGAUAACUUCCACUCGAAAUUAACAAAAUGCCCAUUAAUGUUGCAUAUGUUAUGCUGCCUUCCCGAAAGUAGAUACCAUCGCGAUAUAAAAUCUAAAGCCGAUUUCUUUGUCUUAAUAUUUCGUCUUCUGAUAGAACGAUACAAGAAAAAGAAAGGCACCGUUAAAAAUCUGAAUAGUGGAAAGUUUUUUGAUGGAGAAGAUUCUAUUAUUAAAUUAGGAGAACUUUACUACAAGAAAAAAUUUCAGAUAUCAAAUACGGCUACAAGCUUGGAAGCACGAAGAAUAACAAACGAAGAUUUGAGAAUUACUUUUCAUAAUGAAGACGAAUACCAAUUAAUCGUUGGUCUAGACGUAUUCGUAAAACGUUCAGAAGAAAAUAAUGAGCAAUAUUUUGAAUUUAUUCAUAGAUUGUUCGAAGAAUUUUUAAUGUCUUUAUACAUUUUUCAUUCCAUAAAUGCUGUCGCAAUCCCUGAAGUAAGUGGUAUUUUGGUUUUCAUUUUUGGCUUGUUUGGAGAUGAUCCGUUUGCAGGGAGCAUCGUAAACUUUCUGCAAACAAACCUGUUACAUCCCGUAACUUGGUGGAGUUUUUACAAUGAAGUUAAAAACGUGAGAAACAAACAAAUAUUUGUUGAAAAAGCCAGAUUAGUAUUUUAUUACGAUUGCUUAAACGAAUUUUUCAAGUUCUCUAAUAUGUAUAGAGUCAAUCAAAUUUAUUUUAGUAUUCCCGACACUGUUAUUUGCUACGAUGAUAUUAAGAAAGAAUUGAUUAAAUUUCAUAACAAUUUGAAUUAUUCGCAACGUCUUGAAGUACGUUUACUACUUGACAGAAGAUUGUCUGAUCGCACAGCCUCUUGUCGUUCGAAUACAUAUAUAAUAAUACAAGAACCUGUGCAAUUGUUAAGUAAUUUAAUAAAUUGUUACAGUUGGGAUAAACUCGGUUUAUAUUUUCAUGGCAUCAUUUACAAUUGCAAUACAAAAUAUACCAUUAUAAGCGACAGAAAUAUUGACACUUUCAGAAGAGCAGAGAAAGAUGCAACAGAAGAAAUGAAUGAAGAAUUCUCUCUUAGAAAUGAAAAAGCCGUUGUAUUGCAUAGUGAAAGACAAGUUGGUGGUGAUAUCAAAUAUUUAAUAUCCGAAGAUCAGUUUAUUUCUUUAGAAGCGCAUAUUGUAAUCGAUCCACAUCAAAAAGAUUUAACCUCUAGCUUAGUUUCUCUAAAUAUGGAUUGAAACAAUAAUUUUUUACUGUAAUUCCUAACGACAGUUCAGUUACAAUUGUUUUACUCACUUAUUUCAAAUAAAAUGCAUUUUAGUUAUAAUAG